AUGACAAACGAAGACCUCACAGUCACAGAGCUAUCUGUUGCACCCACUGCCCAACUUGCAAUACGAUACUCUCCAGUUGACCUCAUCAAACCACCCACUGGUAACCUCGGGUCAUCGAAUAAGAAGAUAGCUUUACCCGACGAAACCGUGCUAUGCAUUCUCGAACUAGCUGUUCAACUGGAGCCUCGCAUGAUUCGUCUCGAGUGCCAUCACGACAAAUGCCUCAAAACCAUCAUCGUGAGCGACAGCCCUGCCCAAUUUCACAUUACCUGGAAAUUGAGACGAUUGCUUUUAACCUCCAAAAUCCUGAUCUCAAAAUCCUUGAUACCUAGCAAAGAAGUGAUGUUUACUUAUAAACCAUACUUUCGGCUCCCCGAAUCAUGCUUCAGUGCUGAGAUUGACACCUUGCAUAUCAGCACACAACUUUACACGAUGCUCAGAACAGAAGUUCCUUGGAGACAUAAUUUCAGACAUAUGACUGAACAUGUUAAACGACUGGCUCUUGAUCAUACUUCCACCAAUCAGAGUAUAUUUCUAAGUCGCUUACGCUUGGAUUUCCCAAAAUUGGAACAAUAUUCCGUACGAUUUGAUACAAGUCAAAAUCUCACAGAUCAUGAUGUAGAUCGAUGGGUCGAGAUUUACAGGAAGCUUGGACGCGAAAUUGAUUACACGACGAAUGUGCAGCUUGAUGGGAUGAUGAGAACAGAGGGCGUUACACUAUACUUUAAGCAUAAGAAAUUCCCUUUUGGACACGUCGCUGCGGGUCGCUUGUCGUUUCUGAGAAGUGCGAGUCGUAUGUCUCAGGAUUGGAUUCCUCCUGUGGUGUCGAAGACCGGGCGCUUGUCGUGUCAGAGUGGUAUGGAUGUUGGGGUGCGGAAUUCCUGUUUCCAUAUUAAAGGGUGGGAUGGAUGGAUGGAUGAUAGUUUUUAG